AGUUUUGUGCUUUGUGUCAAAGUGAAAAAAGAAACCAAAAUAAAAUAAAAAAUUCUAUUACAAAAUUAUUAUUAUUUUAUUUCAAUUUCAAACAAAAUCUGUACAAAGCAUGAACUCCGUUAUUAUACCGGCAAUUGAAGCAUCGGAUAUACCAUAUGGAAAAUUCAAAAUCUUAUUCGUCAACGUUUUCACUAUAUUGUAUAAAGCGGCCACAUUAAGUCCGCGUAAACUGGGCUUGGAUCUGCGCACCAUUAAUAAAGCACUUGAAAAUUCCUGUUGCAAUACUUUAUUAUUGCAUUUGCACAUCAUAUUUGUAUCAGUGAUCAUUUUAGCGAAAUUUGUUUUUGGUUAUGUGGGGCUUGCGGCCAACAUCAUCGCAUUAUUUCCCAUUUUGGCGGAGGAUUUUGGCGAUCUUUUAGUUCCAUCAAUUUACGCGCAAUUCGUGGAGAAUAUAAUAUUCACCACUUUAGAGGUAAUAAUCGGUGGUAUAACGGUACGCUACUGCUUGCCAUGCAAAAUACCGCUAUUCAGCAUAUUCGUGGCGAAAAAUAUAAUACAAAUAACCGUUGGCAUAGCGGCGCUUAACAUGUACACGGAUCUACAUCAAAGUCUUAUGUAUCAUAUAGAGGAAACUGAUUCGGAUAUUGCAGCAGAUGAAAAGGAAUUAUUUUUGAAAAAAGAAAGUUUCAUUUAAAAGG